UUGCUGUACACUGCUCACUGCAGCUUGGCAGUGAGUGAGUGACUGAGGAGGGGUCAGCAACGUUGAAGUGUCUUUAUUCGGAGGCGGCUCGUGGUGAGACCUUGCGGGGGGGCGCCUCCUCCUCGGCCCCGCCCCGAGGCGGGCAGUCCCGGGCCGCCCUGGGCCGAUCGCGGGGCAGGGCUGAGGCUGGAUCUGGAUCAUGGCGCCGCUGCGGGACUGCCAGGCCUGGAAGGAUGCUGGACUUGCUCUGUCCACAACUAGUAAUGAGGCUUGCAACAUGUUUGAUGCCAUACUGACUCAGUAUGCAACAUGGACCAAUGAUAUGAGCCUGGGAGGCAUUGAGGGAUGUCUCGCCAAGUUAAAAGCAGCAGAUCCAAAUUUUACAAUGGGACAUGUGAUUGCUAAUGGCUUGGCUCUGGUUGGCACUGGGAGUUCAGUGCGGUUAGACAAAGAGCUGGACAGUGCAGUAAAGAAGAUGAUGGCUCUUUCAAAAUCACAGUUGUUGACCGAGAGGGAGAAACUACAUGUGUCUGCAUUAGAUUUGUAUGUUCGUGGGCAUCUUCCCCAAGCUUGUACAGUAUGGGAUCAGAUUCUCCAGGACCAUCCAACUGACAUGCUAGCACUCAAAUUCUCCCAGGGCACUUAUUUUUACCUGGGCCAUCAUAUACAAAUGCGAGACUCUGUUGCCCGGGUUUAUCCUCACUGGACACCUGAUAUGCCUCUGAGCAGCUAUGUGAAAGGCAUUUUCUCUUUUGGACUGCUGGAAACUAACAUGUUUGAUCAUGCUGAAAAGCUUGCCAAUGAGGCUUUAUCUAUAAAUCAGACAGAUGCAUGGUCUGUCCAUACCAUAGCGCAUAUAAAUGAAAUGAAAGUAAACCUGAAUAAUGGACUGACAUUUAUGAAGCAAACUGAAACCAACUGGAAGGAUGCUAUGGUUGCUGGUCAUAAUUAUUGGCACUGGGCUCUGUAUUUCAUUGAAAAGGGCGACUACGAAGCUGCUUUGACGAUUUAUGAUGAUCAUAUUGGUCCCAGGUGUAGGACAAGUGGAACUCUGCUAGAUGUGGUUGAUAACUGCUCUAUGCUGUACCGGCUUCAGCUAGAAGGGAUAAAGCUGGGAAAUAGGUGGAAUGAAGUUCUGCAGCUGACAAAGAAGCACACCAAAGAUCACGUUCUACUUUUCAGUGAUGUCCACAUUUUGAUGUCUACGCUAGGAGCUAAAGACCACAAAUCCACCAGUGAGCUCUUAACAACUCUCCAGGAACUUGCCAAGAAUCCUGGUGAAGACUAUGAGCAUGGCCUGGUUCCGAAUCUGGGAUUGCCCCUUUGUCAAGCUUUUGUAGAAUUUGACAAUGAAAAUUAUGACAAGGCAGUAGAACUGCUUUAUCCAAUUCGGUACCAGAUCCCACAGAUAGGUGGCAGCAAUGCUCAGAUAUCUUCAACCAGUUGUUGAUCCACGCGGCAAUGAAUUGUAAAUCUAAAACUUACCGGAAACUGGCUAGGUGCCUCUUGAUGGAACGUGAUGCGUUGAGACCAAAUUCACCAUUGACUGAGCGGCUUAUUCGGAAAGCAUCAGCUGUUCAUGCAAUGACUUGAAUCUCUGUCAUUCAAAUGAAAUCAUGAUUAGCACUGUUAAUCAAUAGCUUCCCAUGGAAUUAAAGGAAUCAAAUUGGAGGGAAUUAUUGCCUUAUAAGCCAUGCCAGAUCUCCUGCUUGCCUGAACUUUGGAAUGCUUUUGUUGGUGAUUCAGCAUUGCUGCUUAACUUCCUGCAGCAUCUCCAGUCCUAACAAGAAGUUGGCUUAGUUGUGCCUGGGAAAAGGCAGCAGUAGCAGGAAAAGUAGAGAUCUAUCAAUCUUUGUUUACAACCUGAUGAGCCAUUGCUUUCUAGAAAUGUGGAUGGGUUUUAUGCUGUUGGGUUGCGGGAUAACAGUUUUAUGCUGUUUGGGUUGUGGGAUAACAGGCUGUCAAAUUAUUCAGUGCGUUUGCUAUUCUCAUCCAUAAAUAGGAAAGGGAGGAAAUUUGAACUGUUUUUCACAAAAAUACAACAUUAUGUGGGAUAUAUUAGAGAAGGCUGGGUGGUGCCAGAGUUCUAGGAAAUGGACAAGAUGACAUUAACCCACAGUCACAUCUCAGCACAAAAUUAUGAGCCAAAAUCUUGCCCUUUUCUUGGCCUCACAGAACCACUGUUUCUAGUGGAAACAGGACUUGGAAGCAUAUACAUCCCUCAAGUUCUGCCCCAUGUGCAUAGAAUGGUGGGGGGAAGCAGGGAUGAGAUCUGAACCUGUGGAUGCUUGUUGUACUAGACCCACUGGUGGCCUUGUAAGGAGAACCACUAGCCAAAUAGUGCUUAAAAUCCUGGAUUUCUAAUAUGGUCCUGGGGCAGGUGGGAGAACCAGAACCCUCACAAUACCCAGCAUGCAGUCUUUUCUUCUUGGUCUGCAUGCUGGUCCCAGGAUUUGGCUUUCAGUUUUUCAGAGAUAUUUUACAUUGCUGUUUAUCUAAGAUUUUCUUUUCUUCUGUUACUCUAAAGAUUUUUCUUGGGUUUUAUAUUGCAUUUUAAUGAGGAUUUGAGAUUCAGGGUGAUUUUUAUCCUAAUAAUGCUGCAUAUUUUUAUAACCGCUCUAUCGGUGAGUAAUGAUAGUGGGGAACGGUAGUUACAGGUCUGUUGCCAAUGAAUUAAGCCUUGAUUUGAAUAUAUUACUGAUACAUUUAAGAAUGAAAUUCUUACCAUUGUAUUGCCCUUUCAUUUACAGGGUGUGACUGAUGCUCUCCUAUAGUCUGUCAAUAAAUUUAAUCCUGUGCUCAGUGUAUUACCAGAGAAGUGACUACAUACAUUUAUGGAACUGUGUAGUUUUUGAAUAUUCAACAUGGGGCUUCUUAAGCAGUACUGCAGGGUGAGUCAAGUAUACACCCAGCAUGGGUGAGGGAAUUUUGAAUUAAAAUGGUAAGGACCAAGUUCAGCAACAUUAGACUUCUCAGACCUCCUAGAAAAGUCAUUUAUACUCCUCUCUGCCACCAGCAAGCAGUCAACAACCACAUGGACAACAACAAUGGAAAAACAGUGUGGGUGGGUAUCUGUCUCUGAAGAUAACAGCACACAUUAAUUCUUUUUUUUGAAGAAAUAUUCAGCAAAGUUACCCAUACCAUGCGGACAGAAUCUAUCUAUGAUCUCAUCACCACAAAUAGAGUAAACUGCAGGGUGCUACUCUUAUCAACUUAGCUGCAGCUCCCCUCCCAACCUAAUGUACCACACCAUGAACUCCCACAUGCUUGGAAGGGUGACAAAGCAGAAGCUUGAAGCCCAGAGUCCCUAGCUACUGCUGCAGCCACAGCAAAAAGGGGGGUGGAGGUUGGGUGAGAACAUGGAGAGCUGCAAAUGAACCCAGCCCAUGGGCUGCCACUUAGACAGUCAUGUGCUAAUAAUAUUAAUAUUCAAAUUGUAAGAUUAAUUUUCUUGAAGGAGAAAGAUAAGAGAAUAAAUAAAUAAAUUAUAGUACUUU